AUGGUCUGCGCCGUAGGUGGCCAGGAGCUUGCCAAUUUGAAUGGCACUGCCAGGGAGGAAAACGAAGAUGAAGAAGCGCAAGCGCAGCCUCACCAGUCCCGAAUCGCUGACCAUUACGGAGCCGCACUUCGGCUGCUAGCCACUGCUAUUCAAAAAAUUGUGGAUACUGUGGAGCUCGACUAUAUCCUCGGUACUCUCUGGCUCAUGGUGGUCUAUGAGCAGAAAUUCGGCGAUGGCUAUGGGUCCGGUCUGAUCAUCCACCUGAGAGGCGCUGGAUACCUUGUACAAGGCAGGUUGCAAAACCUUGCGCGCAUUAUUGACCGGAGCAAGCCUUGUAUAUUUGAUGAAGAAGAACUCGAAGCCAUGAGCCCGCGGAGCGGUCCGGAAGACCACUGGCAGAUAUCUGGAUUUUCUGCUCGCAUGAUCAUAUGGAUCUCUUUUCUCGAUGGGGGGGCAGCACUCAAUGGCAUAGGAGGAGUAUUCAACGAGUUUCUCGGCCAGGCAAUGGACGGGCUGGCUGGAGAUGAAGUCCAGUCGCUGAUUCAGGGCUUCCGUACCAUUCACAGACAUUCACAUGCUGCGUUUCGAGAGACCUGGGGUGCGUCUUAUCCACAGGCUCAGCUUCUCGAAGAUAUGGAGAUUCGUCAUAUGUUCUAUCUCUAUGGAGAAUGCGGACAACUGCGUUACUUGCUGAGCAAGCUCGCAGUAGUGGAUUGGCGUAACAGUCCUAAGGCCAAAGCCUACCUGAAAAGAGUAGCGUGCGCGCUCAACGAUGUCACCGUGAGGUAUGGUGAUAUUCUUGAAGUAGCAAGCUCCCUGCAAUUGGUUGAAGGGUGUCCGAGGCGCCGGUAUGUCACGAACAUUCGCUUUGUGGUCCCACAGUAUAAUGCUGUGCUUUUGUGCUUCUUCAGAAUAGCCAGGCGUCGCCGUCCACUAAACUAUCGGCAGCGGGCAGCCUUACGCGUGAUUCUGGACCUCGCUCAUCAGGCACAUAGUGAUGUGGGAGAGGAGGGAAUUCUACAGGUCGCCUGGCCCUUAUUCGUUGCUGCUCUUGAAACUGACGACCCUGUCCACCGAGCGUGGAUCUUGGAGCGAUAUCAGAUCCUUUCCACGCAGGGACAGAAUUAUCGUCGGGCGAAUGAAGCCCUCAAGGUGGCAUUUGCCGAGCAGCGUUUGAACGAGAGACGGCUAGAUUUCUUACAAUUGGUCCGGAGGGAUGAUCUCGAUCGAUUUGUCAUUUAG